AUGAUGGGUUGCUCAAAGAGGCUUUUGUUUCUCUUCACAGCUUUUGUUAUUUUUGCAGCAGCCAUUGAUGGAGCUUAUGGGUAUGCUAUGGUUACAGGGACUGUGUUUUGUGACCAAUGCAAGGAUGGCCAGGUGUCCCUUUUCGAUUAUCCGUUAAACGGUAUUAAAGUGGCAAUGGCCUGCCCGGGCAGUGACGGGCAGCUAACAAUGUCGAGAGAGGAGACGACUAACUGGUUAGGCAACUAUGCCAUGAGGUUCGACGGCACGCCCGACUUGAGUGGCUGCUACGCGCAGGUCUCGGGCAGCGGUCAGGGCCCGAACGGGUGUGGGACAACUGCAGGGCCCACCAAGAACUUGAGACUAAUGUUCAACAUGUUUGAUAUGGAGAUGUAUACAGUGGAUCCAUUGCUGGCCCAGCCUGCAGAGCCCAUGCCCUUCUGCCCAAAGUCAUCUGGGCCCGGCCAGGGCCCUGGCCAAGGCCCAGUUGCCCCUGCCAGCCCGCCGCCAGUGACUCUGCUGCCACCACCUUCACCUCCGGUGCCUAAGUUGCCUCCGGCGCCGUUCUUGGAAGCUUCGGCUUGUCCUCACCAGAAAUGGAUGAUGCCCGAGUACAGAUGCUACUGGAAAGUGGUGACACCUGACACGAGAGUUUCGCUCGUUUUUGGGCUGAUAGCGGGCCGUAGAUAUGGGCCGGACUUGACCCUGGCCCAAGCCAUGUACGGUCGAGGGGACCCUUACAGGACCCUUUUGAGAGAGGGCACAACUGCUCUUCUCAACUCAUACAACAGCCUACAAUUCCCUUUCAACUCUCUUGACGUAAUCCAGCGGGUCAACUGGGCCUUACUCGGGUCGACCCGUCAAGUCCUCCACACAGCUUUGAGCUUCAUGAAAGCGAAUUCGGGCACGGGCACCAACACGACCUGCAACUUUAAUACUUGCAGUUGA